AGCGAGGACAGCAACCAUGUGGAAGCUGGCUAUGAGCAAAGUCUGCCAGGAGGUGGCUCCGUGGCAGCACGGCUGCGCAGCAAUGGCGAGUGGGGUGCAUCCUUCCGACAUGAGGUGGAAGACGUGGGCAUCGUCAGUGGCGGGUUGAACUCGCAGUUGGAUUGGAAUUUGGACCUGAACACGAAGUCACCUUUGACUGGCACAUUGGCUUAUACCUUGCAGACGAGACCUGUGACAUUGCAAGCGCUGAUGGAUGGGCAGCAGUAUGCCUUGGCAGCGCAUAGCGGCCGCAAAAGCAUAGCUGCGACCCUCGGGCGACCCAACGAGGAAGGGCAGCGCAGUUCUCAAGUUCAACUACAACUGGGACAGGUGGCUGCCACUGUGAAGAUGGAGGGCUCUUCGAAGCCUCGCCUACGCUUGUCAAAGAUCGUUCUGUAA